ACAAUGGCGUUGCUUACCCCGCUCUGAAUAUCCUUCAUUGUAUGUCGUCGUUUGCUAUCGAGAGAAACGAAUCAAACCUCAAUCGCAUUUUAUAAUUCUUUCAGGCUUUAUCAUCCCUUCAUCGAUCAGAGGGCUUUUCUGCCCGACGAGAUCGCAAUACCAGCGACAAUGGGCAGCCAACUUGUACAAGCCCAGUGGAGCCUCAACGAGACCUCAGUCUCGGUUUAUAGUAUCGCGAGGGGUGUUCUCGAAGCUGCAACGAGCGACAAUGUCCAGCCCCUGGCAAUCAUGGCAUGCGAACAAUUUGGAAAUACACUGGCAAUCAGUCGCGAGACACGACUCAAAAUCGAGAGGACCGUAUUGCCCACACCAGAGCCAGUCACAAUUCAAUUCCUCAAGGCUAAAGUGGGCUUCAAGAAGCAUGAUUGUGCCGUCCAGCUUGGCAGCAAUCAGGCUGGCUUACGUUUUCUUGCUUUGGCCGCGGCUCUCAUAUCGAGCGUCAACAAGAUAUACUGUGCUGAUGCCUUGAUGCUCAUGCUCGAAGAAACAACAUCGGACAACCGGCUCCUGCCUACAAGAAGACAUUUAGCAGACUUAAUGUCUAGCUUAGAAGCUAGAUGCCGCUUAUCAGGCUUCUCAGAUGUCGUAUUUGGGUAUAACUCGAUUAUAAUAGGAGCCAGUCUCUCUAAAGGCUUUCUGACCUACAAAGAGGCACAUCACGUCCCAGACGCGAAAGGAUUGGCAGUUCUUGUUGAUGCCUGCCGUCGUCUGCAACGAGUGGGCGAGCAUGAAAUCAGCUCUAUUAACGUUAAAGCCCGAAGCUGUGCGGCGUGGAUUGCUGCAUUUUCCAAGUGGUCACUCGAGCUUCCGCCGUCAAUUGAAUUACUCGAUGGCACGCCUAUCGUCUCUCAACCAGGAUCCAAAUUCAUCAUUAUUGUGGAUCCUGGUCCAAAGAGCCAGGCAGGAUCUGAUAUAGAAGUGACCACGAAAUUCAAACUCCGCUCUCUCCAGGAUCUAGUAUUUCGAUGUGCAUCUUCAGGUGAAACCUCCUAUCGUAUUACGUUCCGGACUUACGGCCAGUCACUUCUAGACAGUUGCGGCCCUGAGCAAUGGGCCAAAGAUGCUGUCCUAGCAGCACUUCCACUCUCAAUCAAGCUCAUUUGCAAUCGGGCUAGGGAAUCUAGCCGGGCUUUCGACACACCCUCGGCUCAUUUCACCAUCACACAACCAAAUCCAUUCCCAAGCAUCAAGUCUAUAUUCAGAACAAUGACCCUCUUGUUUGAUCUACGCCCGGAAUUCCCAUUUGACUCUCUUGCUUCUACAACAUCUUUCAGGGACUUACCUGAAGUUAACUAUUAUCUUCGCACCGUCGAUCUCCUCCGUGUCUGGCCACACUUUUCGCUCAAGGAACACGACAUUGGACCAAUUUGGACCUUAGGGAGAGACUCCGACGAAUCCCUUACUGAUCUUUUACCACGGGUGAGGGCCUUCAUCUCGGUGCUCAGGUUUGUAUCUGCCUCUCUUCUCAUGUUGUCUUUGUUCGAUAGUGUUGAAGAUAUGCAAUUUAUUCCCCCAGACACCACAGCUUGGUUUCCAGAUCAGACUCAAUUAUUUGAUAUUGCAAAGCAUUCUCUCAUAAAUAUGUCUACUAGUAUUGGUCUUGGAUCUAUGUGGAGGGAUGUGCUUAAAAGUUCGAUUCUGCCAGAGAACGAUGCCACGAUAAAUUAUGAGGGCAUAGUCCUGAGCUCUACGCCAACUCACGUAGUUUGGCCCUCGUUGCUCGACGAAAUGGUUCCUACCAGAGAUGGCAUUUGUCGCAUAAGUUCCUGUCCUGGAAGGAUUAUGUAUGAGCGCGAGGAUUACGACAACGUUUAUAUAUUUAAUGACGAUCAUUAUAAAGGGGAGUGGCAGGGCAUGGCUCCGAGAGAACCAGAGGAGACUGACCGCUCUCCCGUACAAGGUCCCUGGGCCUCUAUGACAGUUCAAUGGGAGCUUUUUCGGUAUCAAGGCUGCUUGUAUGCCAGCCAAAGUCUUAUCCACCGUCGGAACCCUGAGAAAUAUGGCUGGUCUAAUACUAUCUUGGGUGCCAGACUGCCGUUGCUUAUUAACUGCGAUCACCCAAAAGACAGUCCACCUACCCCCAAGGCAGAAAACGGCCCGCGGGUUUAUGCUACUCCGAGCAGCAUUCGCCGCGAAGGGGGCAAGUUGAACAUCUUCCCAGUGAGCGGAGUCCCGGAACUUCAGUUGUUCGUACUAGGUAUGAAGGCCAGCAAGAAGUCCCCAGUGGCUAUACGGCAGAGAGCUUGUUUUGACUGCUGCAUCGAGGCAUGUAACAAGGCGGGCAUUCACACUUUGAUUAUAUGAUCACACGACAUAGAUUACUUGUCGGAGCGGGGUGUACCAAAGUCAUCACAAACUUGAAUGAACUUUCAAACGAAAUCUGUGAUUAUAAACUCACUGUUGACUAUAUCCUCAUCUCUUACCCCCACGCUACGUCACAUCACCACUGUAUGCCGCAAGAGAACAUAACACGACAAGGACAGAUAAGGUUGGAAUUAAAUCUAUUCACAAUGCAACUAAAUAAUCCAGUAGGUCCGCGAAGCCCCUUAAAUACCAGGUUCCUUCCCAGCCGUAGUAGCCCUGGAAGCUGAACCACCUACUAUAUAUACAACUAAUAAAUACGUUCCAACAUCUAGAAACCCCAAAUGAGUAUCUCACACCAGCAAGGCCCAUAGUGGCUGUACAAGAUAUACAGUAAGACUCUCACUGUGGCACAAGGUCUGAAGUCCGAGACUUCUCCGGCUAUACACAGCGUAUCUCUUUUGUGUUCCUCCGUCCCCACGACUGCCACGAUAGCCGGCGUAGCCCACCCUGUAGGGGCGUGAAUGGCUACUCGGAGGCUAUAUAUACGUACAUGCUAAAAUGGAAGGUAUAUGAGGGUUACAUUCAACUGAACUACUUGACUUGAGUGAGGUGGGAAGACCGUUUUAUAUACAUAAACAGUGCCUUCGUGACCCUUUGUGACCCUUGACCCGUACCGUAUACAU